CGGAGGGGCGGGGAUGUAUUAUGGCGUCGAGAGACUCGAAAGCAAGACCGGAAGGCUUGGGAGUUGGGAGAUCCAUUCGCAAAAUGCGGGUGUUUGUGCAAUGCACAUUCAAUUGAUGCCUAACAACAAGGCUGCAUGGCACGAUUCCACCAGCAACGGGCUCUCGGAGAUCGAUAAUAGUCCGCCCUUUUGCCGGCCUCGGGCCGGGGGGAGACAGACGGACUCGAAACAAGACUGUACGGCUCAUGCCGUGCAGUAUGAUAUCGAGACCGCUCAUGUUAGACCCGUCAAGGUGGACUCAAGCCCUUGGUGCUCAUCCGGCGGGCUUUCGCGCAUGGGAAGCCUGAUCUCCACCGGCGGCGACAAAGACGGCUUAAAAUCCGUGAGAAUUCUAAAGCCAUGCAAAGACUGCAAUUUCGAAGAAAACAAGCGAGCCCUCUUCGCCAACCGCUGGUACGCCACUCAGCACACCUUGGACGACGGAAACUUCGUCCUCGUCGGCGGCCGCAACUCCUACAACUACGAGAUCGUCCCUCCCGACACCCUCACCUUCACACCUCAGCUCUUCGAGCUCGCCCUCCUCGAAGACACAAAUGACGACGCUGGCCGCGAGAAUAACCUCUACCCCUUCGUCAACCUCCUCCCCGACGGCAACCUCUUCGUAUUCGCCAACCACAAGUCCAUCAUCCUCGAACCCCGCACCGGAAACACCAUCCGCCCCCUCCCGGACCUCCCUGGCGGCUCCCGCAACUAUCCGGCCUCAGGGAUGUCUGCUCUCCUCCCCAUCGAUCUUAAUACAGACGUCCCUGACAUUGAAAUCCUCGUCUGUGGUGGGAACACGCGCGAGGCGUACAUACUGUCUGACUUGCAGCAGCCGAAAAGGACAUUUGUGGAGGCUGCACGAGACUGCGGGAGGCUGAACCUCAACGUGGAGGGGGCCGAUUGGGAGAAGGAGGACAUGCCUACGCCGCGGGUGAUGGGGGACAUGCUCCUUCUCCCAACCGGAGAUGUGUUGAUUACUAAUGGCGCGAAGGCGGGGACUUCUGCUUGGGAUGCGGCGGAUGAGCCUAAUCUCUCCCCGGUUUUGUAUAGCCCGGGUAAAGAGAAGGGGGCACGGUUUCAAGAGAUGGCUCCUUCCGCUAUCCCGAGGAUGUACCAUUCAUGCUCUGCAGUGUUGCCUGAUGGGAAGAUCCUUGUUGCAGGUAGCAACACUAACGCCUUCUACAAGCUCGAGAAAUAUGGAGACGACUUCAAGUUCCCUACGGAGCUCAGGGUGGAGAAGUUCUCGCCGCCAUACUUGGCGCCAGAGAUGGUGAUCAACCGUGUCGAAAUCAUGGAUGGAGAAACCGAAAGGGAAUUGAAGUAUGGAGUACAGUUUGAUUUGUUGAUUGGAUCACGGGAUGUUAAGCAGAAUGAUAUUAAGGUGACGAUGUACUCGCCGCCCUUCACCACGCAUGGCUACUCUAUGAACCAGAGGUUGCUGAUUUUGAAGCUCGUGCUUGUGCAGAAUGGAAGGAUCAGGGUGAUUGCGCCACCCACGGCAAGGUUUGCUCCGCCGGGGCACUAUCUUGUCUUUGUUGUUCAUCGGGAGGUUCCGAGCCGUGGAAUAUGGGUGCAUAUUGAGUAG